AUGAGAGGAACAUCUCUUCGUUUUUCAGAAGAUCCUGCAACACUAAACCUGGCUAAGGAGAGUUUAGCCGAGGACGUUGCUAUUAUUGCUCCUUCUUUUGGUAUUCCAAUGUCUAAAGAUGAUCUGUAUCGUAUUUACGACGAAGCACUUGCUAAAUACAAAACUUUGGUGCUGAAGAAACAGAAAGUAUACGAAGAGGAGAUGUUGGACGAGCUUUCAAGACUUGAGAGCACCGAUAUUUUGCAAAAAGAAAUAAAAACUGUGAAGGAACAUGACUUGCCUAGCGGAAAAAUAGCAGGGCACUUCUCUCAUUCGGCAAUGAUUGAGACCGAAUUGGAACAGGCUAUCAAAAGUCUGAAAAAGUUAACGUCAAAUAGAAGCCAUUCUUUUGAGUCAGCUCAACUCAAGGUCAAUGAAAUAGUCGAGGAAAAACGAUUUAAGGAGGAUUCCGUGCUAACAAACUCUACUCAUAGCUUUGAACGAAGAGCUACUGUUAGCUGUUUUCUUCCACAAGUGGAAAUUGCCGACAAGCAUCAGAAAACUUUGAGAUCGUUUGAUUUCAGAGAAGAAUUCAAACGGAGAUUUCGCAGUAAGAAGAUAUGGGAGCUCACAGUAAUGAAACUUCCAGUGAUUGGAAGGCCACGGCAAAGUGAUGUUGUGCAGAGUUAUCGCCGGAAAGGUUUAUUUGAUAACGUCGAAUAUCGGAAACCCAUCUUAAUGCAUGAAAUUUCAUUGCACAACGUUGACAGCACCGAAGUUACCGUCGUGUCGGAAGUGGAAACAGAAAAACUUCGUGUAAAAGAAGUGUCUUUGGUUGAAGAGAAUACUGUUGAACCGAACAACAAUAGAUUGACGACAGAUCCUUAUAUAAUCGAAAAAAUCACUAGCGAUGGACUUCUUGAAAAACCAGUGGGUUCAAUUUCACCCUGUCUAAAUCGAAGGUCAUCAGUGAUAAUCUAA